AUGGCGCAAAUCGUAUAUUCCGAAGUUGUCAGAAGGCAAAGAAAUGAUGCUCAGAGUUUGAUAAGUGAUUAUUAUGGCAUGAAACUUCUUCGUAAAUUCAAUCUCGAUGUGGAUUCUACUUGGCUUCCAAAGCCUCAACGUCAGUGCACAACUGCACGUGAUAAGGCGGUGAUUGAUGGGGAGGUAAUCGUUGAAGAAACCGGUCCUUACCAAAUUCCUAUCCAAUCCGAUUUUGAUAUUGUUACUGCCGCUCCGAAGCAAGCUGAAACUGUUAUCCCGCGCAUACCAGCCAUCGUAAAGCGUCCAAUAUGCCUGGUCAGUUUUGGAGCCAUGUUGCUGAGCGAAAACAAAGAAGAAAAAGAAAUUGCUGAAAAAAAGUUCGAUGACCACGCCCAAGGACUCAUAUCCUUCGAUGAUUCUCUUCUGAAGGCUAUAUACAAAAAUGGAACGGAUACAGAGAAAGCGGCAUUAUGCUGCAUUAAAUCUCUCGCAUACUCGGACAAGGUAUUUGCAAUGUUCGACCCGCUGAAGCUUGCUUCUUAUGACGACACCCUUGUGCCGGCCAUUGAAGGAAAUGAUUUGGUUAACUUCUCACUUAUCAUUCAGUCGAUGCGUCCCUGUAAGCGUCAUCUGCGAACAAUAGUGCACGAGGCAGUUAUGAUUUGGAUGAACGAGGUGAUUCCUCAAAACAUUCGAUGCAAGUAUACGCCACGCCGAAAUGCUCAAAAAGGUCAUAUUGCAAUUGAAGCGCACAUAAUCAAUACGUUUAUUGAAUUACUUUUACAUUGUAUAUCAAUCCCGGACACCGAAGAGAAGAUGAUGCGAAUUGCCGUUACAGUAAUCACGGAAAAUUAUAUCGAAUACUUAUGUAAUCGCGCAAGGAGGCUGCGAAUUGAGGAGGAGCUCUCGAACUCGCGCCAUAGUUAA